AUCUAUGGUAAAUUGACAUGAAAAUUUCUGUGGGUGCUUGCAGCAAUGCCCUUGCCAUCAAGUUUCCAUGGCAAGAAGUGACUGCAUGUGUGUUAGAAAUAGAUUGUUAAAAUUUGAAUCCACUAUAUUUUCGCAGAGGUAAACUAUACUCAAGUCACGUAAAUAGCAACAAAAAGAUUUACAUGUACUUCAUUUAAAUACCAUGAAAUAUGGUAUCAUGUUGUAUACAGCCAGUAUAUUAUACUCUACAACUCUUAUACACCAGAUGGCACUUUGAAUGCAUUUCAGUCAUGGGUUAGUUGUGAUUGGCUCUCUCAGUGUACAGGGAGCCCUUUUGCAUAUCGCCUUUGGAAAUAUAAGAGCUAUGUUUCCAACUGUCACCAAAUAGUGUUCUGUUCAGUGUGCCACACUAAACCAUAUAUGCACCUGAGCUUGGGUAACUAUUAUAUUUACAGCUAUUUAACGUGUCUUUUCUAUACUUUUCAUUUUCCAGAAAACAAAAGAUUUAAAGUUUGUAUUGGCAGAUGGUAUUGAUGCUGUUAUACAUGGGAAGGGGUGUUGUAGAAUGUUACAAACCAUUUUGCUGAGUUGCUCAUGAUAUGAGUGCAUUACAUUUGUCAUUUCUCUCAUCAAAUAUUUGCAGAGUACCAUGGACAACAUAACUUCUGAAACAACUUUCAUUCUGAAGAUGUAUGAAAAGAUGGACCAUCAGAAAUAUUUAUAUUUCACUGUUUUUCUUCUACCGUACAUUUUAACCAUUGCCUUGAAUACACUUUUAAUUGUAGUUGUUUAUAAGGAACGAGCCCUGCAUGAACCAAUGUAUAUUUUCAUUUGCAAUUUAUCAUUUAAUGGAAUAUACGGAAGCACAGCUUUGUUGCCACAUAUUAUGACUAAGCUUGCUACACAGUCAUACACGAUCUCUCUGGUAAACUGCCUCAUUCAGGUAUUUUGUAUACACACUUCUGGUAUUGUUGAACUGAUGACGCUGGCUAUAAUGGGAUACGACAGAUAUGCUGCCAUAUGCACCCCAUUACACUAUCAUGCCAAUAUGUCUCUAAGAAAGGUUAAAAUUCUCAUUGCAGUAGCCUGGCUUUUUCCUCUUUGUUCUUUCCCACUAUAUUUAGCACUGACAAUCCAGCUGUCCUUCUGCAACAAUGUAAUUCGUAAAACCCACUGUACUAAUUUUGAUCUAGUUAAACUUUCCUGCACUAGUACUUUGAUAAAUAACAUUGUUGGACUCCUAACAAUGGGUGUUUAUAUGUUCCCUCAGCUCUUUGUGAUUUUGUUUUCAUAUGUUAAGAUCCUUAGAAUCUGCAGAAAAGCAUCCAAGGAGUGUCAAAACAAAGCACUUCAAACAUGCAUACCACAUGUGUUGAUUGUUAUGAACUUUUUUUUUGGUUCUUGUUUUGAAUUUAUUAGUGCCCGCAUGACAGACAACCAAGUACCAUUUGGUGUAUCAGUAUUUAUGUCUCUGUAUUUCUUGAUUUUGCAACCACUCUUUGAUCCUAUAAUAUAUGGUAUGAGCACACUUAAAUUGUAUAUUGUUAAGUUUCUUCAAAAGAGGAAACUGUCACCGGUAUUGUAAGAGAUAAUGUCAUGUUUUCCAUUUUAUUGUUUUAAAAGUCAUAUCUGCAUACAAAAUAUUUUUUUUUUUGUGAUAGUACUGUAAGUUGUGUUUCAUUCUCUCUUUAAUGUUAGAAUAAUGCACCGAACAGACUGAAUAGCAAUAUUGGACAUCCAGUACUACAACAUGGCAUAUAUGUAAUAUAUCCAAAUGGGGAAAUCAGAUAACAAUUUCUGUAUUUUAUCAUUUAAUAAAUCUUAAAUUAAUCUGCCUCUGAGAAAAAGUCUUAUAUUAUCUUCUUCAAGUAAUAUCCUUUUGAAGAAUCUGUUGGAAAACUCUGUAACAUAUAUAAACUAACAUAUAUUAUGUAGUUUUGAACUGCUUGACAGCUUAAUGUGGUUGAUAGACAACAUAUGCUGGGGACAGUGUUCAUGUAUAAUUAUCUGUGAUCUGUAGCUGAGUAAAGUGGUAUCCUUCAUUUCAAUGGCACGAUGAAUCCGACAUAAAUGUUAUAC